AAGCGCACUCGAGACUACGAAUGUGGCAACGUUGGUGUGGUUGCUCGAACGAAGUGCAAAACUAAGAGAAAGAGAGAGGGAGAAAUAUAUAAUCCAGAGUGUGUAAAGUGGUGGUGGUAGUGGUGGAACGGUAGUAGAACCGAAAUCGGGGAAGCUUUGUGUGUUCCGCCGUGACGGUGGUGAUGCGUCGUCGUCUAUGUCUAUGUCUAUGUUGUUUGCCGUCGUGCGCCGUGUCAGCUCUCAACGAGGGUCACGGGAUAAGAAAAGUAGUAUAGUAGUAGGAGCUAAGCACGCCGGUGACCGUAAACGUCACCGUCUGCGCCAAAACCGCUAAGACGGUACGUGCCUAAUCAAACAGGGCAGUGUGUGGUGCUGUGUGGUAAGGGAUGACGACGGCCGGGGGGAUGAUAAUAGGGGUGCCGACUUGAGGACAGAAAUGUUGAAGUUCGGUAGCAAGAGCGACGUUACCGUGGUGCACCGCGCCACUAUUCGACUUUUGGACGAUUCCGAGAUUAUCCAUUGCGACUUUGAGCCUCAACACAAAGGAAUGUACAUUCUCGAAUAUGUGUGCAAGCAACUCAACAUUUUGGAAACGGACUAUUUCGGACUUCGUUACGUUGAUCAUUGUAGACAAAGACAUUGGCUGGACCUGGGAAAAACGGCGAUCAAACAGGUGAAAGACAUGGACCCGAUUUUGUUUAGCUUUCGUGUGAAAUUUUAUCCACCCGAUCCUCUGCGGUUGAAAGAAGAGAUUACGAAGUAUCAGGUUUACCAGCAACUGAAAAGGGACCUUCUCCAUGGCCGAUUAUACUGCAGUCCUGGUGAAGCUGCACUACUAGCAGCAUGUAUAGUUCAAAGUGAACUUGGAGAUUACGAUCCCGAGAUACACGAAGGGAAUUACAUCUCCGAGCACAAAUUAUUACUCAAACAGACUGAGACGAUUGAAGAAAAGGCUAUGGAACUUCAUCAAACUGAAUUAAAAGGAUUCACUCAGGAAGAAGCUGAGACACGUUUUCUUGGUUUGGCCUCGAAAUUAGACACCUACGCUGUGGAUCCGCAUCCGGUCAAGGAUCACAGAGGUACACAAUUGUAUCUUGGUAUUAAUCACUGUGGCAUCCUGACGUUUCAAGGAUCACGAAAAACUCACCACUUUCGUUGGUCGGAGGUACAGAAAAUCAAUUUCGAGGGAAAAAUGUUUAUUGUACAUUUGACCAUAAACGAGGACGUGAGGACAAAGGUGAGUCGUUUCUUGGCAGUUGCACGUGCUAUUUGUGUCCAAAAAAAGCACACAGUUGGAUUUAAGUGUCCCACAGGCUCAAAUUGCCGUCACGUAUGGAGAUGCGCCAUCGAGCAAAUGCUGUUUUUCACUUUGCCGAAAGCAUCUGACGCACCUGUGGUCAGUGGAGGAUCAAUAUUCUCUUGGGGCACUAAAUUCAAAUACACAGGAAGAACGGAAAGAGAAGUUUUAGAGGAGACGGGUCCACUUCGAAAAGAGGAACCACCUAUUCAACGUUGUCAAACGACGUGUCUUAGAAGAAAAGCAAGCAGCGUACCGGCCACCCCUAGCACCCCUAGUCAGGACCUUGUGGAAAUACGUUAUUCCAGUUUACCACGUAGUUGUCACAGUGCGGGAUUGGAUGGUACCGGAAUGUCCGAGGGUGGUACCGGAGUACCUCUCAGUUCACCCUAUUGUCCAGAUAAUACCUUGCCACUCCUGGAGACCGUGUCGGAGGACCAAGAGAUUCAUGCAAGAAGAAACAAUGCCUUAGACGAAAAAGAUAAGCAUGUGAGUGCCACCACCCACAACAACAACAACACGACCACCACCACUACCACUACUUCUACUACUUCUACUUCUAAUUCUACUACUACCUCCAAUACUACUGCUACUACUACUACUACUACUACUACUACUACUACUACUACUACCACAAACAACCACGCGAAAGUUAAACUGAAAUUUCCCAAGAGCACGCUGAACCGACCACAAGCGUUGUACAGUCAAAGAAUAGUGAUAGGCUCGGAAGAGCUAGUUGGUCGUGAUAUCGAUAACGUCGUCAGGCAACAUAUAAACGCCCUUGAAAAGAGUCCCAAGGUCGUCAGGUCUACCGCAUUGAUAAUCAAGACCUCCAAGGUACCAUCCUUUAAACCAUCCUUGUCUACAUUAGUAUCCUACUCCUCUUCCUCCUCAUUGUCGUCGCCAACAGCAACCAUUAUUACUAAUACUAAUGCAACUACUUCAACCACGAUCCCAACAUCGACAACAACACUGACAUCAAAGAAACGUGUCUUCUUAGCUAACGGAAACGUUUCAAUGACCAACUCGGAAAGCAAUGUUGAUGUUCUCGACAAUACACUCGAACCAACUCGAGACGAUUCGUGGCAGGUAAGAAAGGUUCAUCAACACCACCACCAUCAACACCACCACCAACAACAACAACAACAACACCACAACUACUACUACUACUACAAUAACAACGAGACGACACUUCAAGAAGACUCGACGACUACAAUGGGAACGAUGUCAAAAAACUCGAAAGCUUCUUCGCAAGCUACUACUACCAACGGUUCUGUUUACUACGAUCAUCAUCGGCUAACUUCACAGCAUGACGAUAGAAACGGAAUCGAUUCUUUUUUAAAUUCAGUCGGUCAACACGAGGGCGAGGUGAACGAUUAUUACUUCAGAGACUCCUUCGAUCAUUCGUCAUCGGAGAGUCAGUUAUUGGACGCAUCCGGUAAACCACAUAGUCGAUCGGUAACCCCGGUACCAAAAAUGCAAAAGCUUCAAAAUUCGAAGCUUUCUUUGCAACAGAAGCAUCAACACCAACAACAGUCGCAUCUGGCGCGUAGAUUUGAAGGAAAGUUAAGGCAUAGGAGUAUGCGAAUUUUACGACGCUUCGUUCCGGCCUUCAUGCUUGUCCUAACCGCGUUUUUCAUCAGUUUGAUACUGAUAUUCGAAACGGAUGCUACGAUAUUUAACAGCCUGCGUAAAACUCCAGAAAUGGUGGCUUUAAGGAACCAAUAUUAUGUCCCCUUAAAGGAAUUCCUCAGGACCAAGUUCGGCCUAUUUUGAUGCGACCCAAUCAUGAUGACCACUUCAAGGUCGUCUUCUUUCGUCGCUAAUUAGCUCUCUUCAGUGCCAAGUCGAAGAUUCCGAGUCAUCGAGUAUACCGUGCUUGUGUCGGGAUGAUCACGAUUAUCGUUAAUUAUCAUGAUUAUAUGAUAAUAAGAAUGAUAAUGAUUAUUAUAAUGAUGAUGACGAUGACGAUGACGAUGAUGAUG